AUGGCUUGCUGCGCGCCUGCCAAGCGUCUUCACGCCUCGGAAGGCGCUAGAGAGCGCGAGACCUUCAGAUACUACCCUUUGCUCUCGAGCUACUUCCGAUUUGCCCGCGAUGGCCAGGCGCCUCCGAGCCUCGAGCUCACUACGGCACCCGACAGCGUGCUGACAGCCCUGGCUCAGCUGGGCAUACACCAGACGGGCACUCAGCGCGCCUUUGUCUCUCUGUUCGACGCGACGCAUCAGUACAUCCUGGCCGAAGCAACACCCGAAUCACGCAUCGCCCCGAGCCUGCCCAGCCUCAGCCAAACGGUUCCCCUGACACUGCGAGGCACCGCCAUCCCGCGCGACCAGGGGACGUGCGACCAUGUGCUCAGCCUGACAGCCAACGCCCAGGACAGCGGCGACGACACCAAGCUGCCCUUGUCCGUCGUCCCCAACCUCACCAAAGACAAGAGGUUUUCUUCGCGGCCCUUCUGCCAGUUUGGCGAGGCUGGUCAGUUCUACGCUGGGGUGCCGAUCCGAACCCGCAGGGGCAUCGACAUUGGGGCGUACUGCGUCAUGAGCACGGUCCCGCCCCCUCUGUGGGACGAACAAUGCACACAGCGCCUUCGCGACAUCUCCGGGGCCAUCACGGAGCACCUCGAACUCAGAAGGGCCAGAGCCGAGUCCCGCCAGCAUGAGCGCCUGAACAGAGGCCUGGGCUCCUUCAUCGAGGGCAAGGGCACUCUCAGCGGCUGGCAGUCGGGAGCAAACACCGCCGCCUUUGUGAAUGACGACAGCAGACCAGAAGGCGCCCUCGACGCGCAGCAGCAGCGUCUCGAGACCGAAGAUGGCGGGGAACAACAGGCAUCAGGCGUAUUGCAGCACGAUGAGCUGCGCCAUCCGCCGCCAGCUGUCGCCACCGCAACGUUCCCCAAUCGUGACUUGGACGUAUCCCACGUGAUCUUUUCCAAGGCGGCCAAUAUUCUUCGAGAGGGAUUCGAAGUGGACGGCUGUGCGUUCCUAAGCACGGCGCAGGCUGCCGACUGGCGGCCCCGCCCUUUUGAGGAGGGUGAACCGGCUAACAGAGAUAUCACCACCGAAGAGGCGACGCUGACGGGCAGCAGCAGCGAGGAUCAGGGUCGCCCUCUUGAUAGCGAGGCACGAAAUGCGCCCUGCGGUCUGAUCGGGUUUUCCACCACGGAAUCCUCCAGCAUAAACCACCCUGUCGCGGUGGCCCCCAAGUUUGGAACCAUGCCGACACGGUUCCUCGCCAAGUUGCUCAAACGGUACCCCCAGGGCAAGAUUUUUCACUUUGAUGCGGAGGGCGAACUCCAGUCAAGCGACGCCUCGGAGGAGGGGGAUGGCAUGCCAGAGCCGCGCCCUAUCAAUGACAGCAGCGAAGCAGCGUCGCCUCCCAGGGAACAGCGUAGGAGAGCCCGCAGGAAAACCCACGAAGUUGAUUUUCUACACCGCGCAUUCCCUUCGGCGCGCAGCGUCGUCUUCGCGCCCGUCUGGGAUUCAAGAAAUCAGCGAUGGCUUGCCGGGGGCUUCAUGUACACGUGCACCGCGUCGCGCAUAUUCACCACCCAAGGCGAGCUCAGCUUCUUCUUGGCGUUUGGCAAGCUCGUCGCCUCGGAAGUCAACAGCCUGGAGACGUACCAGGCUAACAAGGCCAAGUCGGACACCCUCGGUUCCUUGUCUCACGAACUACGAUCUCCGCUGCACGGCGCCGUUCUCAGCUGCGAGCUGCUCAGCGACACGGACCUGGGCGUGUUCCAGGGCAACGCCGUGCACACCAUCGAAACGUGCUGCCGCACCUUGCUUGACACCAUUGAUCAUCUACUGGAUUACUCCAAGGUGAACAGCUUUGCCGAGGAGAAUGAACAAUCUUCUGGCAACGGCAGUCGCCCGCGUCACAAGGGGGUCGAGUCGGCUGGCUUUGGGAAGAAAUCUUUGUACAGGCACGUCAGACUAGACGCACUGGUCGAGGAGGUCUCGGAGAGUGUCUACGCCGGCUUUAGCUUCCAGAGCAUGUCUGCGGCUAGGGUUUCCAUGCAGAGCGGACCAGGCGAGUCGUUCUUGGCCGCUCGCAAGUCAUUUGAUGGCGGGGUGGCUAUGGAUCACCUAGGUCGAGCGGGACGAGAUUCUCCCUGGGGCAGCACGUCCUUGUACGUAUCCAUCGAUCCAUCCUGCGAUUGGCUGUUCCACGUGCAGCCUGGGGUGGUCCGCCGUAUCGUCAUGAAUCUCCUCGGCAACGCCCUCAAGUACACCACAAAGGGCAUGAUCCGCGUCUCACUGGAACAGAUGCGAACCCGACCGUCUCCCCGCGAACGGCUUGUCAAGAUCACGGUCCAGGACACGGGCAAGGGCAUCGGUGAAGAAUUCCUCCGGCACAAAUUAUUUCAGCCCUUCUCCCAAGAGGACGAGCUCGCGCCGGGCACUGGUCUUGGGCUGAGCCUCGUCAAGAAGGUCACCGCCAAGCUGGGCGGCAAGAUCACCGUGGACAGCAAGAUUGGCGUCGGCACUACGGUUGCAGUUACCUUGCCGCUGCAACCGUCGGUGCAGGUACAUGAGUCUCCAAGCGACGUGUUUGACCCCGAUGAUGGGUUCGACGACCGAGUCCGUGAGCUCAGAGGACGGCGAGUCGGUCUCUGUGGCUUUGGACCAGCGUGGGGCGAACAAGGCCGCGCGCUCGUGGAGACCAUUUGCCACCGCUGGCUGGGCCUUGAGUUGUCUGUUGGCGAGGCUACACCGCCAGAUAUAGUCAUUUGGUCAGACGAUGCCCUACCAUACACGCGGGAGCACCUCGACCAACUGGCCAGAAUACCCAACGUCGUGAUCUGCCGCCAUGCACUGGCGACGCGGCAGCUGUCGGGGGAAUUCGAGAAUUUCAAUCGGGACCGAGUCUUUGAAUUUCUGGCUCAGCCGAUUGGGCCCCGGUCUCUGGCAAGGGCCGCCGUGGAUGCUGUUCGUAGACGGGCCGGCUUGCCCAAGCUUCUUUUGCAGACACGCCCACCCGGACCGCAGCGUGCCCGGAGCUUACACGACGAAAGUCCUAGUACCAGGGCAGCCAAGGGAGCAUGGCUUGAACAUCCUAGUCUGCCGCAACCCAACGGGAAAUGGGGGGCCGGCGACCAUACGCCAUCUGUCAAUGAGCAAGAGAAUGGGAUCGGCCGGGGGUUGGCUGUGACGGAGAAUGGCGUCAGGAAAAAGUACCUGCUCGUGGAUGACAAUCCCAUUAACCUAAAGGUCCUCUCUGCGCUUAUGAGGAAGCUAGGGCAGGCGCAUGAACUGGCCUCGAAUGGACAGGAAGCCGUCGAGGCGUACAUGCAGGAUCCUGCGACCUUUGCUGGCAUUUUCAUGGAUAUCUCCAUGCCUGUCAUGGAUGGGUUGGAGGCCACCAGGCUGAUCCGUGAACAUGAGCAAAAGACGCACGCGCAAGCGGUGGUGAUCCUCGCCCUCACGGGUCUCGCGUCGCAUCGCACGCACCAGCAUGCACUGGAGAGCGGCAUCGACUUAUUCUUGACAAAGCCUGUCAGUCUCAAGGUGCUACGCGAGGCGCUCCAGUCGAAAUGCGAGGCGCCACCUUGA